GUGCCCAAGGAAAAGGCAACAUUGGGAGUACCCUUUCAUGCCAGGACAUUUGAGUUAAAAGACCCGGCUCAACAUGGUAUAGGGGCUCCGAUUAUUAAAAACGGGAAGUUGGAUUAUGACGCGUAUAGGCACGUGUGCACCUUGGUCAAAAAUGAAAACUGGCCUAAAGUGAGGUCUGACCAGAAUCGUGACCCCUAUACCUAUAAGGAUACCGAGUGGAUAGGCUAUGAUGAUCCGUACGCCGCUAAUGAAAAAAGCAAAUGGGUCAGAGACAAUGGCUAUGGGGGUAUAAUUAUCUGGGAGGUGGGCCUGGAUGAUCAAAAACAAUCGUGCUGUACAGUAGCCAACCCAAUGCUCCGGGCUAUCAAUAACGGCUUGUAUGGCACCGGUAGUGGGCCCGAGACCUAUGGAUGCGAACCGAAAUAAAUUAUUUAAAUAACUUUGUAUUAAUAUUGGAAAUAAACUUUUCGAUAUACUUAUUAAAAAUCCAC